ACGUUCUGUAGCGGAGGCACCCAGCUUCCGGGCUUCGUGCGACGGAAGUGACGUAGCUGGGGCGCCGCGGUCGCGAUGGGUCGGGUGCUAGGGGCGCCUACGAUCGGGGCCGUGCGGGCACUGAGGCUGGCCCGAAGCUUGCACUCGCCGCGCGGCACCCGGGAGGAGGACGGAGCGGACGGUGGCCGCCCCGUGGCCUUCUCGUCCAGCCGGGCCAGCCCGGCCCAGUGGACGGUGCGGCAGUCCCUGGGCGGGCAGCAGCAGCGGCCCUGGUGGAAGGUGCUGCCCUUCGGCCUGUCCGUGCUCCUGCUGGUCACCUGGUGCUUCCUGCGGCCCGAGAGCCCCGCCGACCGCUGGCUGAGGCGGCUGCUGGACGGAGAGGGGCCGCCGGGGGACGGCCGCGGGGCGCCUGGCCAAUAAACUGGAAGCCGCGUUGGAGGA